GCCUCCUGGUGUGUCCUGCCUUCUCGAGUUCUCCUAGUCCUGACCUCUCAGAAAGGCAUCCAGAUGUACGAGUCAGACGGCUCCAUCAUGGUUUAUUGGCAUGCCCUGGAUGUCUUGGAACCACCGCCAGCCCAGGCAGUGUUUGCUCGAGGGAUCGCUGCUGCCAGUGGGCGCUUCAUCUGUGUGGGGACUUCGUCGGGACUGGUGCUGGUGUUUGACAUCCCCAGCAAGGGAACAAACAUCACGCUGAGCGAGGUCCUGCAGGAGCAUCGCGACUCCAUCACUGACAUCGCCUCGGAGGUCGGUGAGAACCCGGAUGGGGCUGCUGACCUGGUGACUGCGGAUGACUCUGGGGCCCUGUGUGUCUGGAGAUCCAAGGAGGAGUUCUCCCUGCUCACCAAAAUCUCUGCCUUUGGGUGGACCUGCUCCUCGGUGAAGCUGUGGAACGGGGUCAUUGCUGCUGGCUAUGGGAAUGGGCAGAUCCGGCUGUACGAGGCCACGAGCGGGGCCCUGCGUGCCACGGUCAGCGCCCACGCUCGCUGGAUCUACGCCCUGGACGUGGCCCCCCUGACGGGGAAGCUGCUGUCGGGUGCCGAGGAUUCCUAUGUCCAGAUCUGGAAACUCAGCCGGAGCCCAGACACCGGCGACAUCGAGAUCGAGCACUGCCACUCGGAGUGCGUGACUGACACCCAGCUCUGCGGCGCCCGCUUCUGUGACCCUGAGGGAAACUCCUUCGCUGCAACCGGCUACGACCUCAGCGAGAUCGUCCGCUAUGGCCAGGUCUAGGCUGCCCCGCUGCAGGGGGGCUUUGAGCAUAGGGCGUGGAGGUACCUGCAGGCACUGUGCUGCUGCAGCAUGUUCCAGCCCCCCUGCUAAUGGGCCGCUGCAGCUGUGACUCAGGGACUCUGUGCAGACCCCUGGCUCCCGUUGCACAGGGGCUGGGGCAGCUGCAUGCAGCUGAGGAUGCCCCUCACCUGGGUGGAGAUCAGACAGGUGGGAGAGUAGGAUCAGACAGGUGGGGGGACAUGCACAAAGAAGGGGGGGCCCAGAUCUCUUCAAACUUCAGAGUCCCUCUGGCCAGACGCCUGCCCACACCCCAUGGCUGCUCAUCUCCCCCCUCUCCUGCCUCCAUGACCUUUCUUCCCUGUGGGCAGGCAGCUGCCGUGUCCUGCCUGCCACAGCUCUGUCGUGCUGGGCCCCUUGCCCAAGGCCUCUGCAGGCUGUGAUUCCCCUCUGCUCCUGUAUGGAGACCAGAGCCUGGAGAGGUGCAGAGCCGGGCCCCCGGGCAGGCCCUGAGUUGGGGGGUAGGGACAGUAGCUGAGGAG